GGCGGCGAGUGCGAGCAGGAGCCCGAGCCCGAGCCCGGGCCUCGGAGCGGGGAGGUGGAGGGCCGGUGCAGGGCUGGAGCAGCGCUGGACGGGACGCAGACCGCGCCUGGACCCCCGCCGUGUGCGCGUCUCCCUGGCGAUCCCGCAUAAAUGUCGAAAGUAUUUCCUGUGAUGCAUAAGAACCCCUGACUGUGGAAGUGCCGCGCAAGCACCAUUGACUCUCAAGUGAGGCAAAUUAUGAAAGAGCCGUCUGGUUGAGUUUACAACUGGAAGACCACCACGCCCACCAGGAAACCCGGGAUGGAGCCGCACCAGAGCACCCCCCUCACUUUCCCUGAGAAACGGUGUCCAGAGAAGUCACCGUCUGGCUGCAGGAAACAUUAUACUGUCAGGAAAAAACUGAAGUUCAUCCGAAUCUUAGGCCUUUUCAUGGGCCUGGUAGCCAUCAGCGCGGUCCCAUUUGCAACUGGUGUCUUUUCUGAGACAGAGACACAGAGCCCAGGAGAGGCCAGUGGUGCAAAGGGCCCCGGGGUGGCACCCAGUUACCGGCAGAGAACUCUCUUAGAUUUAAAUGACAAGAUUCCGGAUUACACUUCACAGCCACCUCUUUCUGAGGAAGGCACAUCUGAGAAUAGCACAGAGGAGGAGCAAGGAAACUAUCCAAGAGACAUCUUUUCCCUCGAGGAGCGAAGAAAAGGCGCCAUCCUUCUCCACGUCAUUGGCAUGAUCUACAUGUUCAUCGCCUUAGCCAUUGUCUGCGAUGAGUUCUUUGUUCCUUCUUUGACUGUCAUCACUGAAAAGCUGGCCAUCUCUGAUGAUGUUGCCGGAGCCACCUUUAUGGCUGCUGGGGGCUCGGCCCCAGAACUUUUCACGUCCCUCAUCGGGGUGUUUAUUGCUCACAGCAAUGUCGGCAUAGGCACGAUCGUGGGCUCGGCGGUGUUCAAUAUCCUCUUUGUUAUUGGCAUGUGUGCUCUGUUCUCCAGAGAAAUCUUGAACCUGACAUGGUGGCCACUCUUUCGGGAUGUGUCCUUCUACAUCAUUGACUUGAUCAUGCUGAUCCUGUUUUUCCUGGACAACAUCAUCAUGUGGUGGGAAAGCUUGCUUCUCUUAACAGCUUACUUUGUCUAUGUGAUCUUCAUGAAAUUCAACGUCCAGGUAGAAAGAUGGGUGAAGCAAAUGAUAAGCUGCAAUAAAGUCGUCAAGGUGGCAGCACCAGAGGCCCAAGCAAAGUCAUCUACAGUCAGGGACAAGGAUGAACCGACUCUGCCGGCCAAGCCACGUCUCCAGCGAGGUGGAAGCUCUGCCUCCCUCCACAACAGUCUCAUGAGGAAUAGCAUCUUCCAGCUCAUGAUACACACCCUCGACCCACUCGCUGAAGAAAAAAUCGAGCUCCCAAACAGCACCAGCACGGAAGUUGAAAUGACGCCAUCCAGUGAUGCUUCAGAGCCCGUGCAGAACGGCAACCUCUCCCACGGCAUUGAAGCUGCGGAGGCCCAGCAGACCGCAGAAACGGGUGACGACGAGGAUGACCAGCCUCUCAGCCUGGCCUGGCCCCCCAACCCCCGCAAGCAAGUCACGUUCCUCAUUGUCCUCCCCAUCGUGUUUCCUCUCUGGCUUACCUUGCCUGAUGUCCGCAAACCUUCAGCAAGGAAGUUUUUCCCCAUCACGUUCUUCGGCGCCAUCACCUGGAUCGCAAUAUUCUCUUACUUAAUGGUCUGGUGGGCACACCAGGUGGGAGAGACAAUUGGCAUUAGUGAGGAGAUUAUGGGUCUGACCAUCUUGGCUGCUGGGACCUCCAUCCCUGAUCUUAUCACCAGUGUCAUAGUGGCCCGGAAGGGGCUUGGGGACAUGGCUGUAUCCAGCUCUGUCGGAAGCAACAUUUUUGACAUCACCGUAGGGCUCCCGCUGCCCUGGCUCCUGUACACCAUGAUUCACAGGUUCCGGCCGGUGGCCGUGAGCAGCAAUGGCCUCUUCUGUGCCAUCGUCCUGCUCUUCAUCAUGCUGCUCUUCGUCAUCCUCUCCAUCGCCCUCUGCAAGUGGCGGAUGAACAAAGUGCUGGGCUUCAUCAUGUUCGGCCUCUACUUCGUGUUCCUCGUGCUCAGCGUCCUCCUCGAAAACCGGAUUCUCAUGUGCCCGAUCUCCAUCUAGAGGGAAAGCCAUAUCUUGAACCAGCAGCCCGGGUGGGCCCCCCACCCCGCUCUGGGUUCUAGACUCCCUGAUGUCUGGAGAAGAGGCAGCGGGCACCCAGCCCGGGCAUGUGGCGGGUCCCUCCAUGUGGACGUGAGGAGGGGUGGACCCACAAGGACCUGCCGCUUCACAGGCUGCUGCCACCCUGGCCUGCUGCAAUGGCUUCAUGCGAGAGGCAGAGGGAACUGUCCAUCCGAGGCUUCUCUGCACUCACCACUGACAGGUACUCCUCGCUGGUCGGAGGUACAUUCUCGGCAAUGAUGCAAACAAGGACAGAGCUGCGUGUAUACCUAUACGAUAUACAGAGUAUAAAUAGAUGCACAUGAGCACACCGCCUGUUCCUGUACUAUACCUCCCCUUCCACACCUAUAGAGUAAUACACACCUAUACACAAACAAAGAAAUACCAUAUAUAUAAAAUUAUAUAUAUAUAUAAAUACACAUGCAUCUUUUCAGGGAUAGCUCUAAUAUAUUUAUAGUAUCUAUCUGAAGAGGGGCAUCAACCUUCUGUGUGAGCUUUACCUCUUAAGGGCAAGAGGUACACCAAUGGAAUCAUUGCUGUGACCUUCUGCCUACCUUGGACUUCCUGGAAUCCUGCCGGGUAAGGGGGAUGCUUCAGGGACAUAGGUUUCAGGAGAGAGGGCUGGGUGGAGAGGGUCUGUCGUGGUCCUGGGUUGAGCCCUCCAAACAUUUCCACAAGCCAAACAAAGAAGACUCUCUGCCUACCCCACAGGGUUACCUGGGACAGAAGGAGGUCAAACCCAGGUUUGGUGGACACUGGUUUGGGGGCAGAGGGACGGUAACCAGGGUUGUUGUUUUUGGUUUGUUUUAAAUAUAUAUACUGCCCCAGCAUGUAAGUAGAAACUAUGAUUGCAAACCAAAUUAGCACUCUUCUAGGACAGCGAGACUAUAUAAAAUGAACCUCUGCUGUUCCCAUGCAUGUCCCAUUGCCAUCAAAGGAAGGGAGGCAAGUAUAGACGCAGUUGUCAUGUAGACACAUUUUGAUGCUAAGGGCUCUCAUAUAAUCCAAAUGCUGCCCACGGAGCCUGGAUAUAUAAUAAGAAAUUCCAUCCAGUAGAGGCGCUUAGUGAGACUUGCCACCGAAUGGGAAUGGAAAGCAUAGCUCUUUAAAGCAUCUUCCAGUGUGAUCAUAAAGGGCUUCGGUGUCUGAAGAAAUCAUUACUCCUUAAAUAGAGCUCAGUUGACUCUGACCAAUACUGCUUGGGUUGAGGCAGCGUAGAGAUGUUUGGGGAGGAAUUUGCACACGAGGAAUGUUUCUGAGUCCUCGGUGGAGGGGUGCCAAGACCAGGAUUUAGUUAAAGUUCAUGCACCAUCCAUGUUUCUCCUGCCAUCAGGACCCCACCUGGGACUCUCUCUAGCUUACAGAGUACACAGGCUAUCCUCGACAGCUUCUUCACACUGGCCCCCAGCCAGCCCCGCCAAGGUGUUGAUUUCCUGAUGUUGCUCAGCAUUCAUGGGGUAGUUUCAUUCCAUUCAUGCAGCGCCCCCAGGUUCUGUUUGACACCGUGUAUGAUUUCUCAGAUCUAUGUGAAUAGAAAAUAAAACCAGCAGGAAAAAAAACGGCCUACUACACUGA